AUGUCUUCACACGAUGAAUAUUCUUCUGAUGAAGAAGAUGACGAUUUAAUAGGGAACAACGAUACUUCAGAAGUCUAUUUAGGUUUUGUUGAUGCUCCUAUAAUAGAUGACGAAGAAGAUCCUGAAGAUAAUGAAUUACCUACCAUUGAAGAUACAUUUAUUGGAAGCAAGCCUAUAUGGCUUCAUCCAAAGUCUCAGCCAGAAGAAUCAGCUAUAACAUGUGAUAAUUGUCAUAAGAAGAUGGCAUUGUUGUUACAAGCGUUUGCUCCAAUGGAUGGAAAAUUAUAUGAUAGAGUCAUUUAUAUAUUUGGUUGUAAGAAUAGUAGUCAAUGUUCCAGAACCAAAGGAUCUGUGAAGGCCAUAAGAGGUAUUUCAAGAGAUCCAGAAAGAGUAGCUGAAAUCAAAAGUGAACAAGAUUCUGCUAUUCAAAAAGCAUUAGAUGAAAAAUUAAAACUUGAAGAUCAAAGAAAAUUCAAUAUUGAAGUUACUAAAGAUUUAUUCACUAAGACUAAUACCAACUCAUCGAAUCCAUUUGGUGAAUCAUCCACCAGUAAUCCAUUUGCUGCCGCAUCCAAUCCAUUUGCCAAGAAAGAAGAACCAAAGAAAGAGGAACCAAAGAAAGAAGAACCAAUUAAGGAAUCCUAUGCUAAGAUUGCAUCUAAGAAUGCUCCAAAACCACAAAAAAAGAAAAUCAGCACAAUUUCUAAUGAUGAUUUACCAGCAUACAAUGGUAGUUUUGUUUAUGUUGAUCUUGAAAAGUUCAAGAAGGAAGGUUUAGAUCCUGAAUUAGAGAAAUAUAAACAUUUGAUUGAAAAGAGUGAAAAGGGUGAAGAAUCUGAUUCAGAAGAAGGUCCAUCUAAUGGUGGUCGUGGUGCCAGUAAAAGAAGAGAAUCAUCAUCUGGUGCUAGUAUAGAAGCAUCAAGUGUAUUAGAUGAUAGAUAUUUUGCAGCCUUCACUGAUAAAGUCAAACAUAAUCCUGGUCAAGUUUUAAGAUAUAACUUAGGAGGACGUCCAUUAUUAUAUUCUGGAAAGGAUGAUAUUGCCAAAAGAUUUAUUGGUACUUUUAAUAUUCCAAAGCCAGGUUUUAAUCCUGGUUCAGAAAGACAAUUUGAAUUACAAUUAAUGCCAAAGGCAAUCAUGGAUUUGGAACAAAUUGAUGAAACCAAUGCUAAUAUAGCUGAUAUUUUAAAUGGUAUGUCAUGGGGUACUAUCAUAGUUGGAACUGAUGUUGAAGAUUUUAUUCCAGAAGAAAAUUUUGAUGAACAUCAUGUUGCUUAUAUAGAAGAAUGGUGCGGAGUACAAUGGGAAGAAAGUGUGUAA